AUGCAAAGGAAAUAUUCAGUUGAAACGAACAUCACUAAAGUGAAAAAUAUAUUAAAUCUCGAAUAUCCUAGUUAUAUCAUUGACUUUCAAAGUGAAAAUGAAACAAACAAUGUUCAAGCAUUAAAAUCAUUACAAGCUCUCCUUGAAGCAAUCGACAUGAAAUUGGUCGAAAAUCAUUCAGCAUUAAAUAUUAAUAACAAGUUUUAUUCUGAUACAGGAUUUUCAGGAAAACAUCAAGAUUGUGCUCGACUUAUUCAAAUACAUAGUGAAGAGUAUGAAGAUCUUCAUAUUCUAUGCAGUCAUGAAACAAUAGGUGUACUAAUAAUUUAUUUUAAUAAAUACAAAUCAACUAAACUACAUAAUUUAUGUAUUAGUUAUGCUAGUCUUGAUAAAUUUAUUAAGAAAUUCACAUACCUUGAUAUUUCUCUACCAUCCAUACCUGAUUUAACAACAACUAAUAAAAGUAAUUUAGUACAAGAAAUUCUUAAACUAGAAGAUCAAAUACAAUCUCAGAAUAUUGUAAUGAUUCUUAAACAACGAUAUAUUCAUUUGUAUGGUUUAGUUGAUAUAGUCAAAGACGUAGAAAAAAAAAUUAAAAAAAUAAAACAAGAAUGUACAUCAACUACAUUUAAACUUAGUUUAGAAUUGAAACAGAUAGAAUUUCUACUAGAUGUCUAUUAUAACGAAAUGAAAGCACUUGAAACUAAUUUUAAUGAUGCAAACAUUAUUGAACCUUUGAAAAAAGGAGAAUUUACAGCUCCAAGCUAUCUCCAUAAUAGAAUCGAAGAAGAAAUAAUGUCAUUAGCUACAUUAUGUACACCAAUUAAUUAUGAAAUUCAAGAGGAAGCUUUCAGUUUAAUAGCACUUAACGAAUAUACUAAUCUGAAAAAUAUUGCCCACCAAUAUAGAUCUCAAAUCGAAAUACAUGAAGAAACUAUUAACAAGACUUAUAAAAUACCCAAAGCCUUAACACAAGAUGUUUCGAAUAAAUUAACAGCAGCAGCUAUUACAGUACACAAGAGAAAUCUAGUUGAAGAGAAAGUCGAUCUUGUUGUUGUCUCCUCGACAUCGGAAUAUCUACGCAUUGAUAUACUUCGAAAAGCUGGAGAAUCUGUACAAAAUGAGUAUACUACAGCUAAAAAGAGUUCAUCAUCGGAACUUUUUGAAAUCGAUUCAGGAAAAUUACAAUGUCGAAGACUUUUAUUUUUAACAUGGCAAAUUAAUCAAACUAGUCAAGAAGCAUUUUAUCAAUCGAUUCGAAAUUUUGUUAAUACAGCUAUUCAACAUGCCAUUAAGUUUCAUCAUACAUCAAUUGCAUUUCCAGCAAUUGGUUGUGGAAAAUAUAAUUUUGAUAAAAACAUUGUUGCUCAUGAAAUGUUAACUGAAGCUCAAAGACAAUUAUUAUCGGCUAAUGUUUUAUUACAAAUAAAUUUUAUUAUUUUACCUGAUCAAAAUGAUGUUUAUGAAAUAUUUCAAGCCAAACUAGAAAGUCUUCAAAAAGGAGAGCAUUCAACAAGAAACGAUAAUCAUAUUACAUAUAAUUUUACAAAGAAACAAGAAAAAUGUAGGAAGGCUUUAAAAGAUUAUGUACAGAAAUCAAUUUCAGUGAGUGAACAACAUGGUCUAAGUGGACUAAAAAAAUGGACGCAACCUACUAUUGAUUCAUUUUAUAUAUAUUGUUUUCAACGACUUGUCGUACCAGAAAUGGAUAUUCAUACUGGUUAUUGUAAAUUAUUUGGUUCAAAAGAAUCAGUCAGAGAAGCAGAAAAUGAAUAUUAUCGACAGCAAACUAAACAAAGUGAACAUGCUCGUUUAAUGAUCGUUGCUCGAGAUGUAAUUUGGGCAUUUAAAAAAGAUGACAACAAUUGGGAGAAAUUUUCCUCUGAAUUAAAUGCUCAUAUUGAAGAUGCAUUUAUAUCAAAAUUGAAAGGGUUUAAGUACACCAAUGAUAAAUCUAUAGAAUAUGAAAUUGAUUUUAAAAACUAUAUUGAAACAUGUGUGAAUACUCAACAACAACGUGAAAUUAUUCGACAUGGUGAUGUUCGUGUACCAUCAUAUUGGGAAUUACAAAUAAAGAAUGUUGAGCGAUUUUCCUUAAAUGAUACUUUAGAUGAAUACAAAGAUGUUCGUGCAUUAUUCGAUAAAACGAUGGCUCAGAAAUAUACAACAAUAAUUCGUAUAGAACGUAUUCAAAAUAAACAAUGUAUUUUAGGUGUCGUAUAUGGACAAGGAGCAUAUUUUUCAGCAAAUGCAGGCUACAGUCAUCGCUACGCUAAGCCUAAUCAAUCAAACGGUGAACGAUCUAUGUUUGUAGUCAAUGUAAUAGUGGGUAAUACUACUCAAGGAAAUCAUUCAAUGAAAACGCCGCCUGCAGGCUUCGAUUCGACUACAGAUGGAGAUCAUAUCUUUGUUACAUACCGUGAUGAUCAAGCUUAUGCAGAAUAUCUUAUUGUUUAUCGUUAA